GUGCUGACUGGCCCCAAAUGACUGACAAUCUGGUGUAACGAAAAUUUCCAAUGUAAACUCAUUUUCCCUCGGUUUCAGCAAUUUUAAAUCUAUAUAUAGAGAUAUCUUUGUCAGAGCAUAGCAUUGUUAGCUUCUCCUGAUAAACUAAUUGUCUCACAUUGUCACUGCAGAUUGACACCUAUUAAUGGGUCUCACCUCCCAACUGCUUCCCGCUCUGUUCUUCCUGUUAGCAUGUGCCGGCAACUUUGUCCAUGGACACAACUGUGAUGUCGCCUUAGAGGAGAUCAUCAAAACUUUGAACAUUGUCACAGAGCAAAAGACUCUGUGCACCGAGUUGACCGUAAUGGACAUCUUUGCUGCCUCCAAGAACACAACUGAGAAGGAAACCUUCUGCAGAGCUGCGACUGUGCUCCGGCAGUUCUACAGCCACCAUGAGAAGGGCACUCGCUGCCUGGGUGCAACCACACAGCAUUUCCACAGUCACAAGCAGCUGAUCCGAUCCCUGAAACGGCUGGACAGGAACCUCUGCAGCCUGGUGGGCUUGAAUUCCUGUCCUGUGAAGGAAGCCAACCAGACUAUGUUGAAAGACUUCUUGGAAAGGCUAAAGAUGAUCAUGAAAGAGAAAUAUUCAAAGUGUUGAAGCUGAAUAUUUUAAUUUAUGAGUUUUUUAUAGCUUUAUUUUUAAAAUAUUUAUAUAUUUAUAACUCAUAAUAAAAUAAAAUAUAUACAGAAUC